ACUUGUUGGCGUCCUGAGAACCAAGCAGAGCUACGACUCCAUGUUCAGGUGCAGUUUGCGCUUCUCCCCCCCUGAAAGUUUAAAGGUCGCUGUCCGAGGUGCUGAUGGUGGAUGCGGGAGUGUGCGGGCAGGAUUCGUCCUCUGAAACACAACGAGAAGUCACUGAUGCUGGAGGCUCAUUGUUUAACAUCACACUGCAUUGUUGAAUGGCUUCACUGCCAGACUACAACUAUUCCGUCUGUCUCCACGAGAUAAGCGACGUAGAUCCGCCCUGUUCUUAUCGCUUUUGUGAUAAUCCACAACACCGCCGGUCCAUCUCCCAUCCAAUCAGAGGCAUCCUGGAGGGGAGCAGAGUGGCUUUAAAAGCUGCACCAUCUGGAGCUGCUGAGCACAGGAUCUUCUGACCCGCACAGGAGAAAAUCUAGAACCGACAACAUGGUUGAAUGGACAGACUUCGAGCGCGCCACCAUCGCCGACAUCUUCUCCAAGAUGGAGUAUGAGAUCAUUGGACCUGCAGCUCUGUCCAGGUGUCUGGUGGUCUACCCCUGGACUCAGAGGUAUUUCGGGAACUUUGGAAACCUCUACAACGCCACAGCCAUCAUUGGAAACCCACUGGUUGCAAAACACGGAACAACCAUCCUCCACGGUCUGGACCGGGCCGUGAAGAACAUGGACAGCAUCAAGGACGAAUAUGCCGAACUGAGCGUGUUGCACUCCGAGAAGCUGCAUGUGGACCCUGAUAACUUCAAGCUGCUCUCUGACUGCCUCACCAUCGUGGUUUCUGCAAAAAUGGGCAAAGAGUUCACCGGUGAUGUUCAGGCAGCUUUCCAGAAGUUCCUGGCUGUGGUGGUCAACUCCCUGGGAAGACAGUACCACUAGAGAGCUGCAAGAGAAGACAUCACAUGAUGAUCCAAUCAAAUCAGUCAUUUCCAUCGAAGCUCUUUGUUUUUUGUUUGAAAGGCAAAUAAAACAAUCAGCAAAUUCAACAAAGUUGUUCGUCUGUAGUUGUUCAUGUCAACAUGAAGAAGAAGGA